GCCAUGGAGUCCGUGGCCCUGUACAGCUUCCAGGCCACGGAGGAGGACGAGCUGCCCUUCCAGAAAGGGGACACCCUGAAGAUCCUCAACAUGGAGGAUGACCAGAACUGGUUCAAGGCUGAGCUGUUCGGCCGCGAGGGCUUUGUCCCCAAAAACUACAUCAAGGUCAAGCCACACCCGUGGUACGCGGGCAGGAUCUCCCGGCACCUGGCGGAGGAACGGCUGCUCCAGCGCAAUCACCUGGGAGCCUUCCUGAUCCGCGACAGCGAGAGCGCCCCGGGCGAGUUCUCCCUCUCCGUCAGCUACGGGAAGCAGGUCCAGCACUUCAAGGUGCUCAGGGAGAGGAAUGGCAAAUAUUUCCUCUGGGAGGAAAAGUUCAACUCCCUCAACGAGCUGGUGGAUUUCUACAGGAUGACCACGAUCGCCAAAGAGCAGCAGAUUUUCCUGUGGGACGAGGACCAGACCCAGGAGCAGGGAUCCCAGGGCUCGUCCUCCUCCCGUGGUGGCACAGCCUCCCCACCAGGACCCAGGCAGUGCCACCCAGUGCCAGGGGCUGGCAGAUGGGGACCCCUCUCCUCCCACCAACCCCGGCCCUCGGCUUCCCUGCAGGUGAGGAGACCCCGGUUCGUGCAAGCCCAGUUUGACUUCUCAGCCCAGGAGGGCUCCCAGCUGCCCUUCCUGCGGGGGGACAUCAUUGAGGUCCUGAGCUGCCCCGACCCGAACUGGUGGCAGGGGAAGAUCUACAGCCGUGUGGGACUCUUCCCACGGAGCUACGUCCACCCCAUCCACAAGUGACCUUCAGGUGGCCAUCCAGUGACCAUCCAGUGACCAUCCAGUGACCAUCCAUGAGUGACCUUCAGGUGACCAUCC